UAGCCUCUGUGUGGUUUGGGCAGAGAAUAGAAAAGUUAGACAAAGUCUGAGUGGGUUCUAGUCUAGCAGCCAACACAGACUCACAUUAACUCCCUGCACAGUACCAGGUUUCUGCUCUUUUUUAACUACUCUCUCUCUCACUCAUUCACACACACACACACACACACACAUACACACACACACACUCACACUCACACACACACACACACCAGCCGUCACUCCUGGCAGAGGGAAGACAGGACCACAAGAGAGCUGUUACACACCUUUACUACCAGCUACUCACCCACAGCCAUCGCCAUCAGACACCUUACCCAGGAUGUGGACUCUUCUCUUGGGGGUCACCUUUGGAUUACUGGCCUCCUCCUGGUCGGAACCAUUUCAAGUAAAUUCCCGUUCCUGCAGCUAUGCCGGGGUGUUUUUGGUUGAGGGAACAAGCCAUCACUCACUGAACUAUGACGCUCAGAAGGUGUGUGAGCAGCUGCAGAGCACCGUGGCAAGUCCAGAACAAAUCCAGGCCUUUGAAAAAGCCAUGGAAAAAUGCAGGAAUGAAGAGACCAUCAAAGAAAACUGUGCCAAGAACAUGACUGGAUUUAUUAUUGAUCAAAAUGUAACCACUGAUCAACUCUACGUCGCCUACUGCUAUGAUGAAACAGCUGGACCUGACAAGAACUGCGAUAAAGCAUUAGAAACUGAAGAACUCUCUGAUGCACCAGCAGCUAAGGCCUCAUCCCAGCCUGAGAUCCAAGCCCCGACAACAUCAGGAGGUGAUGCAGAGCCAGUGACUACUCCACAAACCCCACCAGAGGAGGCAACUGAUGCCGAAGCUGCUGACCCCCCCACGGUAGCCCCCCCCAGGGAGGAGGCAGAUGACACGGAGAAGCAAACAGUCCCACCACCAGCCACCGUUCAACCAGAGGAGCCCCAACAAAACACAGGAGUCGUUCCUGUUGUGGAAGAAAAUGUCACUUUCACUCCUGAGGAUUUUGGUCAGCCCGGUGGGUCUGGGAUGCAGCCCCCCCUGUCGGAGGAGGAGGAAAACCACACGACAGCCCCUGUAGGAGAACCAGAGGAAACACAGGCCCCCACUGGAGAUGAGAACACCGAGCCUGAGGACGCCAAAACACAGCCUCCACAUCAGCCUCCCAACGACAAAGGGCGGAUGAAUCCAGUUUUAGAUGAUGGGCCUAAAUCUGACACACAGGACGGCAGUGGUUCAUCCAACUGGCUGGUAAUAAUCGGAGUGAUUGUGGCAGUUGCUGCUCUUCUUCUUGUGUGUGCAGCUGUGGCAAAAAGAAACAGUUUGUGCGGUAAACAGCAGACCCUGAUGAUCACCAAAGACGCCAGCGAGGGUAACGGGGCCGCGGCGUCGGUGUCCAGCUCCCAUGCACAGGAGAGAGAGCAGGAGAUGGUGACCCUCAUGAACAAGGAGAAGAUUCAGGAGAACGGCAACACAGAGGAGUUCACUGUCAUCACGCUAGAGGAGUCACCAGAUAAAGAGCAAAUGGCAUGAGAAACGAGUGUAGAAACAGAUAGGGCCCAGUAUGUGAAGACAGGAGGGGGUGUAGUAGUGGUGGAGUUUUUUUUGUUUUUGGUUGAGGAGGGGGUUGAGACUGCUUUGGUGGCCAGCACUGAAUGGACAGGCUCGUGUGUGUGUAUUUUUAUGUUAUAUAUAUAUAUAGAAAGACUGUCUAACCGAGGUACAAAGUUUUUUGCGUGUGAAGCCUCGCAUCGGGACCGUGUUUGUCAGCGUUUGUUUGUCUGUUUAAACCAGGCUGAACCCAAUGACGGUCAAAGUGUGUCACGCAUUGUGCAGUAUCAUGAAUGCUUUUACGGUGUGUGAAUGUGUUUUGCGGCAGUUCUUUGUGUUUGUGAACUUGUAUGCUUUGUUAAUGAUGGGGUAUGUGGGUAAGUGUGGGUUUUUGAAGGGAGGGGGGCGGUGAUAAGAGAUUAAAAUGUAAAGAACUCAUUGAUUAGAAAGUUUAUGAUUUUUUUUGGGUAACACUUUAUAAUAAGUCUGCACUAUGAAGCAUUAGUUAAGCAUUAACAAAUACUGAAUUCAUUAUUUAUAAAGCGUAUUUCUGACAUGAAUA